GCGGCGGGCGCCGGACCCCCAGGCGGAGCGCCGGGCCCCGGGGCGGAGCGGCGGGCACCGAGUCACCAGGCACGACACGGGCAUCGGGUCACCAGGCAUCAGGUCAUUUGGCUCGACAGCGGGCACUGCGUCAUCUGGCAAGGCAGUGGGCUCCGAGUCAACUGGUAUGACCCGCGGGCACUGGGUCAGACAUUGGAUCGUCUGGCUGGACAGCGGGCAUCGGGUCACCAGGCAUCAGGUCAUUUGGCUUGCCAGCGGGCACCGCGUCAUCUGGCAAGGCAGUCGGGCUCUGAGUCAAUUGGCAUGACCGCUGGCACUGGGUCAGACAUUGGAUCGUCUGGCUGGACAGCGGGCAUCGGGUCACCAGGCAUCAGGUCAUUUGGCUCGCCAGCGGGCACCGCGUCAUCUGGCAAGGCAGUGGGCACCGAGUCACCAGGUACGACAGCGGGCUCUGAGUCAAUUGGCACGACAGCGGGGCACCGGAUCAUCUGGAUCAACAGCGGGCAUCGAGUCAACUGGCCUAAUAGGAUCAUCAGGCUGGAUCAGUUCAUCAUGCUGGGUAGAGGCAUC